AUGCUUAUCAUACGAAUUCUUCUGGUUUUCUUCUUGAUUUCGAUAAUUUGUGCUUCUGAUGUAUCCCAAUCUGCUUCACCAACAUCAUCAAGCGAAUGGAAGAAAAGUCAAGCUGAGACAUCUUUACUGGCUGCGGAAACAGUGACCGUUGAACCACAAACUACCUCUCGAAGUCGAGCCAAGACACUAUCAAACACCAAAAAAGCUAUUAAAAGCCGAAGAUACCGAGCGCAACUCAAGGGAGAAGAUUUGCUUAAAUAUAAAGCACUGAGAAGAGAGUCUAAUGUGAGAGCUUAUCGAGCCCGAAAGCUUUUACGUGAAACAAAUCCUGAAGAAAUGGCUAAGUACAAAGAAGCAACAAAGGAAAGAGCCAAAAAAUAUGACUGGCGUAAUAAAGCGAAAACCAUACAAGAUCCUGAAGAACGAGAGAUCUAUUUACAGAAACAUAGGGCGGCAGAAAAUUUCAGCCGUAGAGAGCGAUAUGCAAGGAAGUUGAAAAAAACAGGCGACGGUAAAAAAGCUGUAAAACAGCGACCUCGAGCAGGAGCAGCAAGUUUUACAAAUGUUAUUAAAGCGCAAAGCAUGCAUGAGGAGAACAUAUAA